AUGACGGUUGCUGUUGGCAGCAAGGCGCCGUUGAUUCUUCAAAUUCCGCAGCUUGCCCAUCUGAGUCUUUUAUUUUUCUUCCACCCGGCCUAUCCUCUUCCCCGCAUUUUUGGUUUACUUGACCACCUCCCUUUUUUGACCGCGUUGUUGUUCUAUUCUGCGUUUGUUUGCACAGAUCCCGUGAGUUCGAACUGCAACUACCCGUUCCCCUCCACAGGUCUUCAUGCACUUCAUCUGCUAACAAGAUGUACCUAG